AGAGCGAGAAAGGCGUGACCGGCAUUGGAAACGCGUCUAACUCCAACAGCCAUCUGCAUCAGCACCCAUCAUGGUUCAUGCAGGCGAUGUCCAGAGGCUCUUUCUUCAGGCGAUUUUCUCUCGUGGCAUCUUGUCAGAAAAUCUGGCAAAAGUGUUGUGGAAAAAAUGCGUGGAAGCGGUGAAAGCUGCCGACGAGCACGUCGAAGUCUCUUACUCUAAUACAGAAGAGGCAUGGGACGAAUUCAUUCAAGGCGUAAACGCAUCUCUAAAUGAUCUAGACUUCGAAUUCAAAAGCAUCCAAGAUGAAGUUGAUAGCAAAAGGCUUUUCGCGAUGGUCAACCGAAAAGAUGACGAACUGGCCCAAGUCGCGACAGAUUAUAAUGCGGUCGAAAUCAUGUACUUCAAGGCGAUCGUCGAACAAAUCAUGUUAGCACGAAAUGAAUCCUUUUCAGUUUCGUCUCUCGCUGCGCUUCGCGAAGUUUCAGCAGGCAAAGACAAGAUGAACUUAACCAAAUCCCAAGCAGAAGUCCUACUAGGUAGUUUUGUCGCAAAUGGCUGGCUUUUGAGAAGCAAACGCGGAAGAUAUUCUCUUUCUUCACGAUCCUUAUUAGAGCUUCUGCCAUAUAUCAAGUCCACAUAUUCCGAAGAGAUGAUUGAAUGUACGAUUUGCCAUGAGAUAUUGACCAAAGGCGUUGCUUGCAAACGUGACAAUUGCAAAGCGCGUAUGCACUACCACUGUUUCAAAGCUUAUCGAAGACGCAAAUCGGCGUGCCCUGUUUGCUCGCUAGAUUGGCCCCAAAACGUAACAGACGAUGGGCUACUUCCUGUCGGCGAAUUGGCCAUCCGUGAUGGAGACGACGGGAUACGACAGACUAGAGACACUGUCGAUAGCGACGACGACGAAGAGAUGGAAGACGAACCUUCUCAGACUGAAACAAAAUCUCGUCAGCCUCAACGUUCUCAAGCAGGAAAGAAAGGCAAGUCGAAAAAUGAUGAUAGUGAGGAAGAAGCAGAUGAGAAAGAUGAAACCGAUGAAGAAGAGGCAGAAGCUACACCACCUAGACGUCGAAGUACGAGACAAUGAGCGGGCGUGCUUUUCUGCAAGUAACGUAUGUAACUUAGGAAGCAUUCUAAUAUCAAUCGUAUGUACAAUCAGUAUCUAGUAUUUAGUGACUAUGUAGUCAGUAUAUCCGUAUGCAGUCAAGCUAAGGUUCCACCCAAGCGUCGAGUUAAUCGCGCGUAGAUGAAUGGUGGUGCACUAGUCAUGUAAGUACAAGUUGAAUUACAAACUGGAACUUGUAUCACUAGAUGGUACUGCUAUUGUGGGAGACGAAGGCACAACUC